AGACAGCGCACUUUCCCACCGAGUUUUUUGUUUGCCUUGGCGACUGGUUGAGUCCUAUUAAUUGUGCAUAAAAGUAAGAUAGGCUGCGCUGAGGGGAACAUAAGGAGACGACGGAGGCGCUUCAGCCAGGAAAGAAGUGCCGUGAGAAAGAUACCGUCUCUCUUUCUUUCUCACUCACUCACUCACUCACACACACACACUCACACACACACACGCACUGCCUCAGCCGCGCCCGGAUCACAACCUACAACACAGCAUUCUCUCUGCUUUCCUGCUAUAGCAUGGCCAGUUCGAGUAAAGCGACUUUAAUCUUGCUCAUCUACGGGAUCUUUAUGCACUACAGCGUCUUCUGCACACCUAUCGGACUAAGUUACCCUAAGAUUAGACUUGAAAACGAUGCCUUCGAUGAGGAUGGGAAUUCGUUAUCCGACAUGGGUUUUGAUAGCGAUCAGAUUGCUAUACGAAGCCCACCAUCUUUAAACGACGACGCGUACACUCUAUACUACCCACAAGAGAAGAGACCAGAAAGGCAUGCUGAGGAAGAAUUAGAUAGAGCCUUGAGGGAGAUCCUGGGUCAGUUAACAGCGAGACAUUAUCUGCAUUCUCUGAUGACAAUUCGUGCAGGUGACGACAACAGCAUGGAGGAAGAGUCAGAGCCCUUAUCCAAAAGACAUUCAGAUGGCAUCUUCACUGACAGCUACAGUCGCUAUAGAAAGCAGAUGGCCGUGCAGAAAUACCUGGCAGCGGUUCUGGGUAGAAGGUACAGACAGAGAGUUAGGAACAAAGGACGCCGGCUUGCCUAUUUGUAGCGCUGUUAAGGCGAUCAAACUGCUCUCCUGUGUAUAUACAUCCAGUCGUUAAAUCGAAGUCAUUCAGAUAUAUCUGACCAACCAGUGGAUUGCGCCUGUGUUCUUUCAACAUGUAUUUAUGUAUGAAGUAAAGCCAUUA